GUCUUUGGUGUGAAACUCAGUCAACUCACUCAAGUGAGUCAAGCCUCCCUUUCACACACAGAAUACAUACAAAGGCAUCACUUCCUUCUCACUCACUCCCUUAAAAAUCAAAACCCCAGAAAAUUCCUCCCUUCUCUCUUUUACUUCCUCCAACUUCCACUCCACCACCAGGACCACCACCACCCACUCCACCACCAUGAACAAGCAACACAGAUCAUCAGGGAGCACAAACUUCGCCUCAUGUGUGGUAGCAACAAUUUUCAUAAUCUUCAUCAUAAUCAUCCUUGUAAUCCUAUUCUUCACUCUUUUCAAACCAAAAUCACCACAAAUUUCAGUAACAUCAAUCCAAAUCCCAUCAUUUUCACUCUCAAACAACACAAUUACUUUCACCUUGUCUCAGUAUGUUUCAGUCAGGAACCCAAACAGAGCUGAUUUCCAACACUAUCAUAGUUCACUUCAGUUGAUGUAUUCAGGUAAUCAAAUUGGUUUUAUGUUUAUUCCUGCUGGUAAGAUUGAUUCUGGUAGAACUCAGUAUAUGUCUGCUACUUUUACUGUUGAUGAUUUCCCAUUGUUGCCACCUUCAUCAUCAUCUUCAUCAUUGUCUUCAACAUCAACUGUGAGUUCUUCUGGUUCUCAAGGGUCAGUUGGAUCACCUACUAUAGAAAUAGAAUCAAGAAUGAAAAUGAGUGGGAGGGUUAGAGUUUUGCAAGUUUUUACUCAUUCUGUUGAUUCUGAAAUUACUUGUACUGUUGCUGUUUCUGUUAGUGAUAGAUCUAUUCUUGGGUUCCAUUGCUGAUGAUGAUGAUGAUAUCUAGUUUACUUAUUAUGAUCAGAAAAAGAAGAAAAUUGUAAAGAAAAAAAUAUGUUUGGUUCAAAUUAGAUUAUGAUUGAAUGAAAUUGGUGUUAUUGGAA